UCCCGUUUUCCUCUGGCUGGAGAGUUCCUCAAGCUGAAAGCGGAGUCUUCACGGCAAGUUGAGGCCAACAACUAGCCCACUGCAUCACCAGAGGAUGGUCGGAGGGCAGCGGUGAGCUCAUGAAAAGUGCACCGGUCGCUGCGCUUUAAGGAGCGAGUAUGGCCUGUUAUUUGUGUGACAUUAGAUAAAGGGAGUGCACCUUGCGUCCUAGAGCAUGGAUGUGACGUAUGCUGCUUCACAGCAUCUGCAGUCUGGUGCGUAGAAACGCUGCUCAAGGAUAAAGAUGGAUUUACCUCGUCGUUUUCCAGACCCAGUUCUCAACCCGAUGCUGUUCACUGAACCCCCAGUGCCUCUCGGAAUGAAUGAAGCGUGUGCGGUCGGGAGCGGGUCCGGAGCCACGGCAACCAGCGCGUUGAGGAACGAUUUGGGCUCCAACAUUCAUGUGUUAAAAACACUGAACCUCCGCUUCCGCUGCUUCCUAUCCAAAGUCCACGAAUUGGAGCGCAGGAAUAAGUUAUUAGAGAUCCAGCUGCAGCACGCCCAGGAGCAAGCUCGGUACCGACAGCUGUUUUCCCGGGAGCAGGCUGUCCAGACGAACCUCGAACAGCCUUAUUCAAACGCACCGUGUCAGUCCAGACUCCCCGGUAAAAUCUGGAGCUUCUCGCACACCGCCCGUUACGGAGGACGGUUCGAGACUCGCCAGGGGCCCGGAGUUUCCUGGACUCAUCCUGAUGGUGUCGGGGUUCAGAUUGACACCAUCACACCUGAACUCAGGGCCUUGUACAAUGUAUUGGCCAAAGUCAAGCGCGAGAGAGACGAGUACAGGAGAAAAUGGGAGGAGGAGGUUUCCAAACGUCAGCAGAUGGAGUCUUUGGUGGAGACUUUACAGGAGACUGUUCAGUCAUCUGAAGCGGCGCAAGGAGAACUGAAUGAGAAGGUGGAGCGUCUUAAAACAGAGCUGGUGGUCUUCAAGAGCCUCAUGCCUAAUGAUGAAGUGUCUGACUUGGACAGUAAAAUCCAGGAGAAAGCCAUGAAGGUGGAUAUGGACAUCUGCAGACGCAUCGACAUCACGGCCAAGCUGUGUGACGUGGCCCAGCAGAGAAACUCAGAAGACAUGAGUAAAAUACUGCACAGCAGCCCGUCCAGAGCUCCUGUCGAGCAGAAAGGGGGGAUGGUUGUAUGCAGGAGAAAGGAGUGUAAGGGUGACUCAGAGGAGCAGAGAGUGGAGGCUGAUGGUGAUUGCGCUCAUCAUGAGGAGGAAGUACCUGCUUCUCUCAACAUCACUGAUGAGAUGAAGAGGAUGCUUAACCAGCUAGGUUGCUCAGCUAAUUGGUUUGUUGGCAGGAGGGAAACAUUUGAGUUUGACGAUGACUGUGACAGCCUGGCGUGGGAGGAGACGGAGGAGACGCUUCUGCUCUGGGAGGAUUUCAGUCACUACAACAGUCUGAACUCCAACACCCCCACUGCUAACACCACCACCACCCCCUCCACCGCCGCCGCUGGCACAGCUGUGUCCGUGUCGUGUGCAUCUGAGUCUCACGGAGAAACACACGAGCAGGAUCGAAGUCUGGGGAGCCUCAUACAUGAAACGGAGUCUCUGUUUUAAACCAGAGAGCAGGAGUAUCAGGACACCAUCGGGCAAAUUGAGCUGGAACUGGCCACAGCCAAGAAUGACAUGAACAGACACCAUGCAUGAGUACAUGGGAGAUGUGCAGUAUGAAGAGAGGCCUGGACGUCCAGAUGGAGACCUGCCGGAGGCUCAUUCAAAGCACAGCCCCCACCGGCAGACAAUCACCCUCCCUCAGCUCUGUGGCCAGCAGCGAUUCAGGAAACACUGAUGACAUUCAGGAUGAGCUGGAGCCCGAUGGAUUGAAAGAUGGAGAGAAAGACGGAGAAGUGGAGAUGAAUGGAGAAGUCAGAUGAUGAUCAGCCCUUCAUCCUUCUGGUUUCUCAGCUUUUUUGUGAACCAGUCACUCUUUUAAGUGUCUGGUCACCUUUUCAUACACAGUACGGCUGAGUGUGGGAUUUCAGACUCCCAAAUAGCAAGUAUUGGUGCUUUAUAAGCUGUCUUAGAGCAGGACUAGUCCAAAUCGAACCUGUUCCCUCUUCAUCAGCACUGCCAAGGCAUGGCUCCAUAGUCUUCCUCACUGUAGCUUUAACUGGGGUCUCACUCUUUACAAUUAGAUGGAUAUCAUAAUAAUGCAUAUUAUGGUAACACUUUACAAUAAGGUUGUAUUAGUUCAUGUUAGGCUGCGCGGUGGUGCAGUGGGUAGCGGUGUCGCCUCACCGCAAGAAGGUCGCUGGUUCAAGCCACGGCUAGGUCAGUUGGCAUUUCUGUGUGGGGUUUGCAUAUUCUCCCUGUGUUGGCGUGAGUUUCCUCUGGGUGCUCCGGUUUCCCCCAUAGUCCAAAGACAUGCGGUACAGGUGAAUUAUGUAAGCUAAAUUGUCCUUAGUGUAUGUGUGUGAAUGGACGUGUAUGGGUGUUUCCCAGUGAUGGGUUGCAGCUGGAAGGGCAUCCAAUGAGUAAAACAUAUGCUGGAUAAGUUGGCAGUUCAUUCCACUGUGGUGACCCCUGAUUAAUAAAGGGACUAAGCUGAAAAGAAAAUGAAUGAAAGAAUGAAUAGUUCAUGUUAGUUAUUCACACAAGCAAACUAAGAAUAAUACAUUAAUUAAUGUUAGUUAUUGUUUAUAAAGUUGCUCAUUGUUGGUUUAUGUGAACUCACAGUGCAUUAUUUAAUGCUAAGAGGCAUAUCUUUGGAUUUUAAUAAUGCAUAAGUAAAUGUUGAGCGAUAAUUAAUAAAUGAUGUACAAGCAUUGUUCAUUAUUAGUUCAUGUUAGUAAAUACAUUCAUUAACAUUAAGUAAUGAAACCUUAUUGUAAAGUGUGACCCAUGUAUAAUAUAUUAAUAAUAUUGUCAAUAUUAUGAAAUUAUAAUAAUAAUAAAUAUGGAAAAAAAAACUUCUUAUCUGUCACCGUCCCACAAGGUGGUAUGUUUUUCAGUACAUAUUUAAUAAAUUUUGUAAUAAAUUUGAAAUUGUCUUGACAAAAUCUUAGUAAUAUGCAUAUAUCACCAAUAAUUUUGACAUUUAAAAAAUGGGGGUGGCAGGUAAGGAGUUUAAAAUGCAUUGUUAUUAUUAUUAGUAGUAGUUAUUUUUUAAAAAUCAUGUAAUAUUAUUAUUAUUAUAACUUAUUAAUAAAUACAUAAUUUCUGCUAUCUUUCUAAUUUGUUUACACAAAUCUAAAAUGCAAGUUACAGGUCCACAAUCAUUAAAAAAAAACAACCCAGGCUCAUUGUGUACCUAUAUAUUCAUUUCUGGAGAGCGCCAAAUACAUCCCAGGAUCUACGUUUUUUUGCAAUUUUUGUUUUCGCGAAUCUACCAGAGGCAUCUGUGUACGCUUUUUCAGAUCUCAAAUUUCUCUUGCGAGUGCCAUUUGCACCUGCCCCUCUCGCGUAAAUCCACCAGAGCCCGCUGUCAACUGACUAUUUGACUGACUGAAUGACUGACCAAUUGACUGACCCACCUCCUCUCUCACUAAACCUAACCAAUAGUGUUUUCAAAAGCACCGAUUCACCCGCCCACACCCUUCCCUAAACCCAACUGCAGUGUUUUAAAAAGCAAUCCAGAAAAAGAUGAUUUUUACCACGUUUUCGGAUUUUACCACAUUCUCUCCCUGUUAUUUACUUGUUUAUUUUAUUUUUUGUCUUACCUGCUUUCUGGAACCGUUCUUCACUGGACUCAAACACCAUCAUCGUGGUCAACUCCUCUCUGUGUCUCAAGUCCACCGAUGUAAAUGGCAAGCUAACUGGACAAACUGGUAACCUGCAGAAAAGCCGUCCAUACGGACUUAACCAGUCAGCUGGUAAGCACGAUAAGGAACGGCGUCAUACCACCCUGUAGCGUUCAUUUUGAAAACAAAAUACCGCCAUACAUACAUCUGGCUACAUAAGUCACGAUCUCCAGAUAUGUAUAUAGGGCUACACUUUCAGAAUGAGCCUAUGUUGCAAACAACAGACAGAUUAAAACAGGAAAGUAUUACUCAAAAUCAAGCUCUGAAAUACGUUAAAUCACAAUAGCCAAUAGAUCGAUCAUGCAGUAUGCUUUACACAAAUAAUAUAUUCUGUGAGUCCAGAUGUUUUUACCAACUGUUGCUCAACUAAACCACUGUGCACUGAGAUCUAUGCAAUAAUCUGGACUGGGCUGACGGUGCGUUCUGUGAUUCUCUUUGCUGGAAACAGACUGUGAGUAUAUGUGUGAGGCGAUUCUCCUCAAGUGCAGUUUUUUCCCCCUCGUUUCUUUGUAUUUGCUCUUUCAGUGUUGGAGAGUAGCAGUAAAAAACCCAAACUCAUGUGCCUACGAACGUGCUGUACACAGUGUCUAAGUUGCCUUAUAUUUCUUCUCUGGAUAUUUUGGACUACAUGCUUUGUUGUGUUGUUGACCUGAGUCAUGUCUUUCAUCCAAAUUUGUGAGGUGUGUGAAGUAAGAUAAUAGAUGAUCCUAAGAUUUGGAAGCCAUAACAUAAACGUCCUCAGUGUGUCGGAAGGUUAGAUACUGGCGAGAUACUGAAGUGUGGCUGUUACUUUUUUCUUCAGCGUGUGGGUCGUCUCAGUAAAAGAUGAGUAUUUAGGAUUGAAUUGUCACAUUUUUUUCCCUUUAAUAAACAUAUUAUACAAUUAUUGUUUAAUGUUCCAAAAAUAGUAUCAGAGUUUACUAUCAAAAGUAUCAGAGCAGAUUUGCUGUGCCUUGAGUUUUAUACAGUUUUAUAAAACUAUAAAAUAUAUUUCAUGUUUCUUCAGAAAAAGAAAUGUUAAAAGAUAAAGGGCUAAACAGCCCGGACAGAAAUUUCUUAGAAAAUGCAUGAAACGUUUUAGAAAAAAAAGCAACAGCAAGCAAAGCAAGAAAAAGCAUGAUAUUUAGAUUUCAAUCAAAUAAAAAUGUACAUUUUUUAAUAUUGUAUGGAGUACUGAUGUCAAUUUUCAGGGACAUUAUAUUAAACAAAACGUUAAUUAUUUUAUUAAUCGAAUCAAAGAGAAAAAAAUCGUGUUUUAAAGCACCGUAAAUAUAAUUGUAAUACAGCUUUCAUAUGUUUUCAGUACAUAUACAGCAUGUCCUGUUUAAUAUGAGUUUUCUGAGCAAAAAUAAUAACUAAUGCACAUUUUUAUUAUGAUUUAUAGAAGACAUCCACAAAAAUGUCAUUCAGUGUAACAAUAGUUAUAUAUCAAAUAAUGUUGUCAGUCAUAUUUAGAAUUAACUGAAAUACCCAAACUCUAUUUAAGGAUCAAAGUGCAGCCCAACACCGUAACAAAUGCUGGGUUCCACACAAUUCUGUUAUGUUGUCCCAACACAAAUCGAUUAAGUUAAAGUGUUGCAGUAGGUAAUCUGCCUAAAUGCUAACCGGUUAGCAUAAUAGUUUGAAACAGAGUCCCUCCCCUGCCGUUUCAUAGCCACGCCUCCUGAAAAUCACACGAACGUGCACAUUAAAGAUGAUAGAGACCCAGUAGAUCAUGUCAUUCGCCAGUUAGAAAACUUUAUAGUACUUUUUAAUACUACAGUUCUGAAUGAAAAAACUCUAUUAUAUCUAGCACAAGUUCAGUUGUGUAGUUAGCAAGCAAACUUGUCAUAAUGUGUAAUAUUUCAUGCAUGCAUGGAUUGCUG